CAAGCGGCGAAAAUCUUUCAAAGUAUAAAACUUUCUCAAACUUCCAAAUUGACCCCAUAAGUUUAUCUUAAAUGCUAUGGACGCCCUCCUCCUCCCUCCUUCGCCGGAUCCCCAAAAGUCAAUCACCGAUCCGGCGAAUCACCAUCCAGAGAAUCUCAAUUCCAUCGAGGAACUCAAAGAUGAGACAAUGAGGAAGAAGAUGAAGCCAUCGCCUUUAGAAAAGAGAAAGCUAAAGGCAAAGAAGAAGAAACAGAGCGACGAAGCAGCGUCUUCCUCCACCUCUUGUUGCUCUUCAUCAUCUUCUUCUGCUGCCUCUAAUCUCAAUUCUACUCGAAGGGUUUCGAGAGUGGCUCAUAGGUUGCGAAACCCUCCGGUGCGGUUAGGUAUAACUCGGCGAACCGUCGGGGAAAGACAAGCCGAAGCCUUGGCGCUUCCUCUCGGGAUGUCAUUCGCUGCUUUUGCCAAUCUGGUUCUUCAGAGAAAGAGUGCCAAUGGUCAGAAUGUUUAUGUUGAUGAUCUUGCUGGAAUCUCUGCUUCUGCUGUUAAAGAAUCUUUAGCCAAUGUCUAUGGUGACAAGCUUGGUUCCUUUGCAACAAACUUUGAGAAAUCAUUCAACAGCACUCUAAAGAUCCUUAAACUGAUCAACGAAUCUGCAUCAUCUCCUCAUCAGCUAGACAGUAAUAACAACGUUGCGAGCUGCGAUUUAGACCGGUCUACAACAGACGGAUGUUCAGACAGCGAUCUAUCUGCUAAAGAGACUUCAUCUGCUACCUCUGCUGCUUACGAAGCGAUUCAAGGCUCUUCGAUGAUGAACGAGAUCGUCCUGCACGAAGAGCCACGACGACGACAACAACUCUCUAGAGACGUCUCGAGAAGCUCCUCAGCCAUGCCUUUGACCACAUUCGAAAAGGCUUUAGAAGAGCAAGCAAGAGCAAACGACCUGAAGAGCAUGGAGAUCGGUCUCACGAUGAGGAAACUGAGGCUGAAAGAGACGGAGCUAGCGCUGAGCUACGAGUCAAACAACCUCGGGAAGUCGAAGCUGGAGAUGAACGCUUCCAAAGCCGCCUUCAGAGCCGAGAAGUUCAAAACAGAGCAAGAAGACUCGAGAAAAGCCGAUACGGUCAACAAGAUCAUGGACUGGCUCGUCUUGAGCGUCUUCACAAUGCUGGCCACCAUGCUAUACGGAGCUUACAUCUUCUCGCAGCAGAGAAUCAUGGAAGCAGCCUCGAUCUGCGAGCCGUCGGAGGAGAAAACGUCUUCCUGGUGGGUCCCUAAGCAAGUCUCCUCGUUCAACGCGGAGUUCAACAUCUUGCUCUGCCGUGUCAGAGUUUGGGUUCAGAGCUUCUUCGGCGUGCUGAUGAUCCUCGUCAUCACUUACUUCAUCAUCCAGCGCUCUUCAGGUACUACAGCGAAGCAGACGAUGCCUGUAACGUUCAUCGUUAUCUUCCUCGGUAUCGUCUGCGGUUUGCCUGGUAAGUUCUGCGUGGACACGUUGGGAGGCGACGGUAAGCUCUGGCUGCUUCUUUGGGAAGCGUUCUGCGUUUUGCAGUUCGUUGCGAACGUCUUCACGUUGGCUUUCUACCGUUUGAUGUACGGUCCGGUGGGGGGACGUUGUGACAACACUAUGGUUCCGUAUUGGGCACGGCGCAGUGUCUUCUUUGUGGUUGUUGUGUUGGCGCUUCCUGUGAUGAACGGUCUUUUGCCGUUUGCUACGUAUGGUGAAUGGAGAGAACAUUGGGCUACGUGGUGGGCCGGGCCGGGCUCUGAAGAUUGAAGGGAGCCGCUUGUUUGUAAUCUUUGUAUUAUUAUUUAUUGUUACUACAUGCGGGUUUGGAUCUUCUUUGAGGUUUUGCUUUUUGUUUUUGUUUUAUCGAAACAAUUAGUGGUAUCAAUGUUACGGUUAUAUAUUGAUGUAUUAUUUUAAUUGAUGAUAUACAGAUGGUAUUUACUGUUGUUACU